GCCCCCGCCAAACGCCCCGCCGGCCACCCCUCCCCCCAGCGCCGCUCCCCGCGCGGCCGCCCCGCCUCCGCCCGCGACCUGGCCUUCGCCGAGGACAUCCCGCUGAAUCUGCGCCACGAUCUGCCCUGCCCCAACGACCAGGAGCUCAUUGAGUCGGUGCGCCAGGGCUUCGGCGCGGGGCCGGGGCGGGGUGGUCAAUGAGCCUCCCGGGGUUCGGGGACUUCUUCGGGGCCUCCGCCGGGCGUCCCCGGGCGGGGAUCGACUCGCUGCUCAGCCGCUACAACACCGCGCGCCUGGAGGUGCCCUUCGCGGGGGACGCCGGGGAGGCCCCCUUCGAGGCGGCCGUGGUCAGUCCCACCAUCCUGGGCAUCAUGGACUUCCACGAGGCCGACCUGGCGCCGCUCUUCGGCCAGCCGGGACCCGCGCCGCCCCGCACCAUUCGGCCGCGACAACACUUUAUGAACUCGCAGCGUGACCCGUCCACGUUAGUGGCGGAACGGCGGAUGACAGCCGGCGGGGUCUUCCCCGACACCCUGGACACUACGGACAUGCCCAGCCCGCUGCCGGUGCUCUCCAGCCAAUCCGGGACCUCCUCCCCGUCCUCCAGCGGGUACGCCGACAUCCCGCCGCCCCUCAUCGUCCCGGCCAGCGCGCCCCCACCCCCUCCCGUAUCCCAACCCAUCGGCGACGAAUCUCCUCGGCAAUCGCUGCGGCUGCUCAUCAAGCGGAAGGACGGCGAGCUGUCGGUCAGUCCGGGCAGCAGUCCCACCAAGGUGGCCUCCUGCAGUCCCGUCAAAGCGCCGGAGAAGACCGAGACCAUCAGUCAGGGUGUGACGACGACGCCGCCCAAGAUCGGGGUCACGCGCCAUCAGGGCUCGCCGAAAGGCACCGGCAGUGCCGGCUCGGUGAAGGUGGUGACGAGCGGGACGGCGGAGAUCCCGCUGGCGGACCCUCCGGCCGCGCGGACUCCGCUGCCGCCCACGAAAAUGGUCAAAAUGGAGAAGAGAUUGGAGAAGGUGGUGAAACGGUUGAAGGAGAGCCAGUCGGCGGAGAAGGAGGAGAAGAGCAGGAAAGACAAGGCGCCGGUGAAGAGCCCGGCGCCGCAGACGCAGACGCCGUCGCCCGCGGCCGCGUCCAAACCGGGCAGCAGCGGUCACAGCAGCCACUCGGCCAGCACCUCCCGCCCGCCCAACACGCCCACGCCGCCUCCGGACGGCAGGAACAAGAAGGUGGCGUCGCGCGGCAGGGGCCGCCCGCAGAAAAUCACCUACACCGCGCCCACCGAUUCGCAGGUGGAGCAGAUGAAGAAGCUGAAAGCCGGCAUCGUCGACCUGACAUCCUCCAACUCCAUCCUGGCCACGGCCCGACUUGACAAGAUUGACUGGCGCGCCAAACUGGAGAUGUUGCCGGCGGCCGUGCAGCACGAACUGGUCAGCAUGCUGCCGGCCACGUGGCGCGGCGAGGACGCCGAGGGCCGGAUGAGUUUGUUGCCGGGUUUGUUGAGCAAGACGGACAUGGAGUGGCGCAAGCAGGUGGAGGAGUACCAGAAGAACCUGCUGAGCGGCGAGUACGACACGGAGGUGCGCCGCAAGUACGUCGACCACGCCCUCGCCCAGAUGGACCCCUGGAAGAUUGCGGCAACGUUUGGGCAGCGAAGGAGCGCAGCCGAGUCCGAGGAGCGAGGACGCCUCGACGCCGGAAUAGGGAACAAACAGGACGGACAGUUGGCGACUGCUUCGUGUCAGUGGAUCGGUCUCCGUUGGUUGGUUGAUUAUUUUUAUAAUUUACAAUUUUCUGUUGCUUCUUUUAAUGACUGCUCGCGAUCGGUUGGGUUUGUGCCCGACGGCCGCUGCAUCGGGGCUUUGUGAUCUUUUAUUCCUUUUCAAUUUCUCGCUGUACAUACAAAUGGAAGGACGAGUAAUGUUACGUCUGCGCUGUAAUGCUUGUAAAGAAGAAUAUGCAUUUUCGAAACACCAAAAAUAAAUUCCAACAGCCUUAAAAGUCUCC